AUAUUGAAGCUAAAUCAACGCAAUUGCAAGCUACAAGGAAUUCGAAAUUAGGUUUUGUGAGAGAAGUUUCAGGACAAAAAUGUCGGAAGGAGUUGUCGUUAGCUGCCACAACGCUGGCCAGUGGAACACGCACUUUAAUAAGCAUGCUUCUUCUGGGAAAUUGGUGGUGGUGGAUUUCACUGCCUCAUGGUGUGGUCCUUGCCGCAUAAUUGCACCAGUCUUGGAUGACUUUGCUAGAAAGUUUAACAAUGUUGUCUUCUUGAAGGUGGAUGUGGAUGAACUGGAGAGCGUUGCUCAGAAGUACUUUGUGGAGGCAAUGCCAACAUUCCUCUUCUUCAAGAAUGGACAAGUAGUAGACAAGGUUGUGGGUGCUAAGAAGGACAAACUCCACUCCCGCAUCAAGAAGAAUUCAGGAGCAGUUUAUGCUAAUUAAGAUGCUAAAUAUGAUGAUCAGCARCUUCUGUGUUUCUUUUAUAUUUGGAUAAUGUACUUUGUGUGUUAACUCUUGAACGUCUGUAUUGCAUAAAUUGAAGUUGYUGUAUUAAUAUGGUUGGUAUUUCAAGUUUUUGGUUGUCGU